AUGAAGAGGGUCAAAAGACUUGUGCUAGAGAAAUUAGAUGGUAACUAUGUUGAUGAUUUCAAUAAAUUGGAGGGUAAUGCUCAAGAGUUAAGGGACAGCAACCCUGGUACUGAUGUGAUUAUAAACAUAUCCAAAGAGGCUUUGUUGGAACAUGGACAAAGAAAGUUUUUGAGAAUGUAUAUUUGUAUUCAGGCUUUGAAAAGUGGCUGGAGAGCUGGUCUGAGGCCAUUUAUAGGGUUAGAUGGCACCUUUUUAAAAGGGAAGUUCAAGGGAAUUUUAUUGGUUGCACUUGGACAAGAUUCAAUGAAGCAUUUUUAUCCACUUGCUUGGGCAGUGAUAGAUAGAGAAACUAUUAGAACAUGGAAAUGGUUCAUUGAGUUGCUGAGGAACUCAUUGGGGUCGGCAGAUGGUGAAGGAUUGGCACUUAUGUCUGAUAUGCAAAAGGGCUUGAUUUGCGCUGUUGGUGAUUUGCUUCCAAAAGCACAACAUAGAUGGUGUGCAAGGCACAUAGAAGCCAAUUGGUCCAGGUCUUGGAGUGGUGUACAGAUGAAGAAGAUGUUUUGGUGGUCUGCUUGGAGUACCUAUGAAGAGGAAUUUAAUGACCAAUUAAAGUCCAUGGGUUCUGUGUCUAAACAAACUGCCAAAGAUCUUUUAUGGUAUCCACCACAACACUGGUGCAGGGCCUUUUUUGACACUGUUAUGAAAAGGUUGAAACAACUUGAAGAAGAGGGUAAGAGGUGGACAGAAAAGUAUUGUCCAUACGCCAUGGAUCUGUAUCAUGAUUUUAGAAUGAUUGCACAAGGUUGUCAAGUUAUUGCUAAUGGAGACUUAGGAUAUGACGUGGCUGAGGGUAUAGAUAGACAUGUUGUGAAUCUUGCUACAAAGAAGUGUACUUGUAGGACAUGGGAUUUGACAGGAAUACCAUGUCCUCAUGCUAUUAAAGCAUUAGAACAUGAUAGACUAUAA